AUGGAGCUGUCGCUACAGCAUACAUUCCUACAUGUGAAGGAGAAACAGUCAAAGAAGGAGCGGACGAAGAGUCUGCCACCGCCCGAUAGUUCGGCUUCGGGGAAUGAGGCAAAACCAUCAAACGGGCUACAUGCAUAUGUUCGACGUCUCCACGCAAGGGUGGAUGAAGACUUCCACGAGUUCAAUCCCGGAUCUGGUGGUCACCCAGAGUUUUGCUCGCGCCCUUGCGCAUACUUCCAGAGCGGAUACUGCCGACGCCUGGGUGGCUGCCAGAUGUGCCAUUUCUAUCACGAGCGCGUUCGCCUGGACAAGAGCCUUGGGCCCAAUCUAGAGGGUCAAACUCGCACGAUCGUCAAGGGCACGGAGUCACAGGGGCUUCAAAAGGAAUUCCUUGACGCCUUCCUGGUGCAGAAGCGCGCCUAUCGCCGAGCCAACGGCGGCUCAUGUGUGGCCAGCCAGAUCAAAUCCAGGCAGCAGAAGCCGUCACAGCACAAGACGGUGGUGCGUCGCACCUUCAUCGAGGUUGCCGACGACGACAGCACCGAGGAUGAGUUCGCGAUCAUCCGGGAGAGAUCCAACAGACGUGCUAAGACCUUCCAAUCACGGUCGGGCACAGCGACGGACGUUCCUGCAAAAGCCUGCCUCGGCUGGUGGACUUGCAGCAUCAGUUGCUGUGGCUGCUGGCUGGAGCAGACCUGGAAUUUCACCAUUUUCACCGCUUUGGAGAUGUCACUGGCAGACGCCUGGCGGGCCGUCCGGCAGGAGAGCCAAGAUGCACGUGAUGCCGAGAGUGGGAGCGGCGCUGAGCUUCAGAAGCUUCUUGCCGAAGAGCAGCGGUGCCAAGAAAUGGAGAGUGCCUGCGAAAGCAUGUCAAUGGCAGCGGCCGAAGCAGGUGAAACAGCAUCACGUCUCUACAAGGUUGAGGCGGAGUUGUCGCAGCAAUGCCAGAUCUUGACAGAGGAGAAGGCGGAGCUCUUGGAGAUGAUCGCUCCACGCAGCUCUGAGGAAGGCUUCAUUCCGGAGGCGAGUCCUGACGCAGAGAGCUUGGAGGCUACGGAGAAGCUUCGAGCUCUGGAGCAGGAGAACGAGGCGCUCAGACUCAAAUGUGCGCAAGCAGAGGAGCAAGGCCGCUGGGAAGAAGCAACAACUCGACAUGCAGAGGUGGAAGAGUGGCAGACACGAUGCUACGCCCUGGAAGCUGACGCCCAUAAGGCAGAGAGGCUGGCGGAGGAGUUGCAGUUGAAAGCCGAAGAGUUGACCUCAUCACUGACGGACCUGGAGUCCACGAGGAAAGGUCAGUCAAUGGCCCAGGAACUUGCAGAGUCACUGGACAAGUCUUACAAAGAGCUGAACUCCGAGUACAGCAAGUGCCAUGCAGAGCUCUCGGAAGCCAAGCAGGAAGCUGAGAGGCUCAGGCAGCUACAGCCCCCACAGCCCGUACAGCACGUACAGCACGUACAGCCACAGCCCACCUCUGCUCCCCGCGCCUCUCUAGUCGCAACAGCCGGUGAGCCCGCCACCUUGGGUUCUACCGUGGCUGCUUUGCGGCGUGCCCGGGCCUCUUUGGCUGGCGAGGCCAUAGAACGACUUCCACAGGGGGCGCAGCAGGCGCAAGCAGAUCCAGGCAGCCCUUCGCGGGACGUCAGUGCGGGCUUGAAGGCACUGCAGCGCCUCAAGGCAGCUGCGGCGGGAAAGGCCAAGACAGAGGCCGGGGCCGAGUCACCGCAGUCGUCCUCACCUUCGGGGUCAAAGGCAGCCAGCCUCAUCGCGAGCCGAAGCAAGGCCAGCAGCCUCUGGUUGAAAGCGGCCCAGACAACAGGUGAUGCAGCGAAGGAGUAG